AUGGACCGUCCGUUCGUCGCCGCCGCGCACCUCGCCUCCGCGCAUCCUGUCUCCGCCCCAUGUGCUCCCGCCGCCGCUCUCCUCCGCCACGAGCACACUCUUGCCUGCCCGCUCCCGCCGUCCACCUCCGCCUUUUCUCCCCCUUCCGUCGCACGCGGCGUCGCCAGACGAACUUUAUCCUAUCGCAGCCGUCGCACGGCGACUGUCACGGCGACCGCGGGCUACGCGGCAGCGAGCAGCAGCGACGAGAGCGAGAGCGGAGGGAGCUCGGGGCGGCGCGCGGCGAUCGACGUGGAGGGGUUGAGCCUGAGCCUGGGGCGCGCGCAGGUGCUGCGAGAAUGCAGCCUGCGUGUGCCCGAAGGGCAGCUGUGGAUGCUACUGGGACCCAACGGGUGUGGCAAGUCAACGCUGCUCAAGGUACUAGCGGGGCUGCUGCAGCCCAACAGUGGGCGGCUGAGAGUGGACGCACCUCGCUCCUUCGUCUUCCAGAACCCCGACCACCAGGUCAUCAUGCCAACUGUGAAUGCUGACGUGGCGUUCGGGCUGGGUCGGCUGAACCCGCCGCUGCCAGAGGAGGAGGUGCAGCGGCGCGUGGCAGAGGCCCUGGAGGCCGUUGGCAUGGCGGAGUAUGGGCAGCGCCUGGUGUCAACACUGAGUGGCGGGCAGAAACAGCGGGUGGCGAUAGCGGGGGCACUGGCGGAGGAUUCACACACGCUGCUGCUGGACGAGCUCACCACCUUCCUUGACUCCCAAGACCAGUUCGCAGUCAUCAAGGCAGUGCGCAAUGUGGUGUCGGGCAGCUCUCCAGGCACCAGCAGCAACACCGCACACAGCGGCACAGAAAGCAGCAGCACAGACAGAAGUGCAGUCAGCAGCAGCGGCAGCAGCAGCAGGGGGCGGGGGGGGCGGAGGGUGACAGCGCUGUGGGUGACGCAUCGGCUGGAGGAGCUACAGUUUGCAGACGGGGCGGCAUACAUGGAUGGCGGCAGGGUGGUGGUCAUGGGCUCCGUGCCUCAUGUUGUGGACUAUAUCACCCGGCAGCAGCAACAGCAGCAGGCCGCAUCUGCAGGGUCUCCUGCAACGCCUACGAGAGGCAUUGGCAGGUUCGGAACCCCGCGAGCCGUUUUUUCGCCUGUAAGAUACUCUCCUGCCAAACCUGCUGCUUGCAACGACGAUGGUGAGACGUACUGCAGCAGCGUGCUUCUGAAGAGCGUGAGGCCGCUGCUGGAGAAACUGGCGAAUCACCUCCCUGACGGCCAGCACAAGCCCUCCAAGGCGCAUGUACCUGACGCACCUGAUGUGAAGCGGCCUGGAAUCGGCCGCUUCGGAGGCAAGCCUGCUGCUGCCGUGCUUGCACCUGCACCUGUGGUCGUCACCGCUGCUGCUGCUGCUGCUGCUGCAGUCACACCGUCUGCUGUGGUUGCGCCUGUGGUGGUGCCUGAGGUAGCGCCUGUGGCUCCAGUGGCGUCAACCACACCACAGGUGGCUGAAGCGUCUGUGACCACGGAAGCAUUUUUGGAGGAGCCGAGUGCAGGUGUUGCUGAUCUGCGUGAGCAGAAAGCCAGAUGGGACAAGCUGCGUCAGGAGGUUCUUGCAAUGGAUAUUGAAAUGACAAAGGUGAGAGCACGUGCUGCUUACCUGAGAUGGGCCAAGCUGGACCAGGCGACGUGGGCCAGGGACAUUGAAGCCGCCAUUGAAGCCUGCCUUCCUGCUUGGAUCGCGCCUGCUAAAACAGUUCCUCCUGUAUCUGCAACUGCAACGACUGUAGCAGCGACUGUAGCAGAGUCCGCAGCACCAGCUGCUCCCUCUGCAGCAUCAGCAACAACAGUGAAAUCACCUGUUGCGGCAUCACCAGUGAGAGGAGCUUCACCAGCAGCACAGGCGUCAAGACCUGUUGUUGCAGCAAGGUGCAAGGUGGGGGGUGAAACCGUGAAGGGCAAGAAUGGGUGCAGUGGCAAGGCGGUGAGCACUGGUGUGAAGGGUGGCAAUAUCAGCAGCAAUGCUGCAGUCUCUGGCCCACGUGCAGCAGCAGCUUUUGCUGCGGGAUCACGUGGUGGUGCAUCAUCAGUGAGAGCAGCUGGCAAGGCCAGCAGCAGGCAGGCGAGUGGGGUGAAGAGGAGAGAGGGGGGUGGGUGUGGGGAGGGAGCAGCAGGGAGGGCAGCAGGUGGAAGGCAGGGUGGUGUGAAGGCAGCAGGUGGCAGAGCAGUGGCAAGUGGCGUGUGUGGCAGGGAGGGGGUGAAGCAGCAGGCGGGGAGGAGAGAGGGUUUGGUGCAUGAGAGGCAGGCGAAGCCAGGCUGCAGCAGCAGCAGGGCGCACAGAAGGAGCUCCUGUUAG